AUGCAGAUGAUCCUCGGUGACAAAUUUGACAUCUUUAUGUCGUACGUCACUGCCAUCGUUGUAGCUUUGUUGACCGGCGGUAUCUUCUUCAACUUGCCCACUACUUCGGCGGGUGUUUUCACUCGUGGUGGCUGUCUCUUCAUCCUGCUCCUCUUCAACUCGCUUACCGCUUUCUCCGAAUUGCCAACGCAGAUGCUGGGAAGACCCAUCUUGGCUCGCCAGACUAGUUUCGCUUUCUACCGUCCAUCUGCCCUGACUCUUGCUCAGCUGCUGGCCGAUUUGCCCUUCGGUGUGCCAAGAGCCACCCUGUUCGUCAUCAUCCUCUACUUCAUGGCCGGUCUCGAACGUAGUGCGGGUGCCUUCUUCACCGCUUGGUUUAUCGUGCUCGUCGCCUACUACGCCUUCCGUGCGCUCUUCUCCUUCUUCGGUGCCAUCACCACCAACUUCUACUCUGCUGCUCGUCUGGCUGCUAUCGUCAUGUCCAUGCUGGUUCUCUGGGCCGGUUAUGUGAUACCUCAGGCUGCUAUGAGGAGGUGGUUGUUCUGGAUCUCGUACAUCAAUCCGGUGUUCUACGCCUUCGAAGCCUUGAUGAUCAACGAGUUCAAGAGGAUCACUUUUACCUGCGAAGGUGCACAGAUCAUCCCCUCGGGCCCUGGAUACCCGACGCAGCUGACGGACAACCAGAUUUGCACCCUCGCCGGUGCCACUCCUGGUUCGGACCAGAUCCCCGGUAUCGCUUACUUGGAAGCAAGCUUUGGGUACCAGCCGAACCAUCUGUGGCGCAACGUCGGCAUUCUGAUCGCCUUCCUCCUCGGAUUCAUUGCCAUCACAGCUCUUGUGGUCGAGAAGAUGGACCAAGGUGCUUUUGCUUCGGCUAUGGUGGUGAAGAAGCCCCCCACCAAGGAAGAGAAGGAGCUCAACCAGAAGCUGCAGGACCGUCGAUCCGGUGCUACCGAAAAGACUGAGGCCAAGCUCGAAGUGUACGGCCAGGCUUUCACGUGGUCAAACUUGGAAUACACUGUUCCUGUUCAGGGUGGACACCGCAAGCUGCUUGACAAGGUUUACGGAUACGUCAAGCCUGGACAGAUGACGGCGCUGAUGGGUUCGAGUGGUGCUGGUAAGACGACGUUACUCGAUGUGUUGGCCGACCGCAAGACCAUUGGUGUCAUCAGUGGUGAGCGUUUGAUCGAGGGCAAGCCCAUCGAUGUUUCGUUCCAGCGUCAAUGCGGUUACGCUGAACAGCAGGAUAUUCACGAACCCAUGUGCAGCGUUCGCGAGGCACUCCGCUUCUCGGCUUACUUGCGACAGAGCCACGACAUUCCUCAAGCUGAAAAGGACCAGUACGUCGAAGACAUUAUCGAGCUGCUUGAACUUCAAGAUAUUGCCGAUGCGAUUAUUGGCUACCCAGGUUUCGGUCUGGGUGUGGGUGACCGCAAGAGGGUGACGAUCGGCGUUGAGUUGGCCGCCAAGCCUUCGAUGCUGUUGUUCCUCGACGAGCCUACUUCGGGUUUGGAUGGACAGUCGGCUUUCACCAUCUGUCGAUUGCUUCGUAAGCUGGCUGACAGCGGACAGACCAUUCUCUGCACCAUUCACCAGCCCUCGGCGUUGCUGUUCGAGACUUUUGACCGACUGCUUUUGCUGGAACGUGGCGGUAAGACCGUGUACUCGGGACCAAUUGGUAAGGACGGUAAGCACGUGAUCGACUACCUUGCUAAGCGUAGUGCCCAGUGCCCGCCUGGUGUCAACCCUGCCGAAUACAUGCUGGACGCGAUCGGAGCCGGUAGUCAGCCUCGUGUGGGUGACCGAGACUGGGCUGAUUGGUACCUGGAAUCGGAUGAUCACCUGGACAACCUGCGCAUGAUCAAUCAGAUCAACCGUGAAAACGCCAACAAGCCUAAACCGACCAACGGGCGAUCGACCGAGUACGCCGCGCCCUGGUUGUACCAGUUCAAAGUGGUGCUAAAGAGGACAAUGCUCAGCACUUGGCGCCAGCCUGCCUACCAGUACACUCGAUUCUUCCAGCACUUGGCGUUUGCGCUGUUGACCGGUUUGCUCUUCUUGCAGCUGGGCAACAAUGUGGCUGCGCUACAGUACCGACUAUUCGUGAUUUUCAUGCUGGCCAUUAUCCCGGCUAUCAUCAUGGCGCAGGUCAUGCCCUUCUGGAUCAUGUCGAGGUCCAUCUGGAUUCGUGAAGAGACGAGUAAGACGUUUGCGGGUACCGUAUUUGCUGCGACUCAGCUGAUCUCCGAGGUACCCUAUGCGCUGGUUUGCGGUACGGUGUUCUUUGUGCUCAUCUACUACCUGACUGGUUUCAACACGGAUUCGAACCGAGCAGGUUACUUCUGGGUCAUGACAUUCCUGCUCGAGAUGUUUGCCGUUUCCAUCGGUACCAUGGUUGCGUCGUUUUCCAAAUCGGCCUACUUUGCAUCAUUGUUCGUACCUUUCUUGACGAUCGUCUUGAACUUGACGUGCGGUAUUCUCUCGCCUCCGCAGAGCAUGUCGAGUUCGCUGUACAGCAAGUUCUUGUACAACGUCAACCCGAUUCGAUUCUCCAUUUCACCACUCAUCGCCAACGAGCUGUACGGACUCGACAUCCAAUGCGCUGCCAACGAGUUUUCGCGUUUCAGUCCUCCCUCUGGUCAAACUUGUGCUCAGUGGGCUGGCAACUAUGUCACCCGCUUGGGCGGAUAUUUGGCCAACCCCGAUGCAACCGCAGACUGCUUGUAUUGCACUUAUUCCAACGGCGAAGAGUUCUACCGUGGGUUCGGCAUUACUUUCGGUGAACGUGGUCGUGAUGCAGGUAUCUUGAUCGCCUUUGUGGUGUUCAACUGCCUUGCUACAAUUGCAUUUACCAAGGUGUUCCGCUUUAGCAACCGUUAA